GAGGCCCAAAUUCAAUUAAAAAACACACAUGAAGUGCCCACCGAAGAAGCCAAAUGACUGCCCUCUGGGAUCUCCUGGCACACUGGGGGGUUGUGGGGAGUGACACAAGGACAGAGAUUGAGAAAAGAACCUGAUGGAGACAAGAUGGUCUAGGGCAGUGCUGGCAACCCUUUUAGGGAUCACCUGCCCAAACGGCACCCUCAAGCUGCCUGUGAGUCCCCCAAAUUAGCCCAGUCAGGGGUAGAGGGAAGUGCUCACGCUGGGCUGCUGGGCAGAGGGGCAGGGCAUGUGGAGAGGAGCAAUGGAGCCGUCCCCUCUGGCUUGCAGGGGCACGCAUGCCAACACGGAUCUAGGGGAAGGAAGGGAGGGAGUAAGCAUUUCUUUAGCACCUACAAUGUGGCAGACAUGCUAAGCACUUUACAAAUGGGAUCUCAUUGAUUCCUUACCACAACCGUAGCAGUGCUAUUAUUGCUCUCAUUUUAUAUAUAGGAAACUGAGGCAAACAAAGUGAAGUGACUUGCCCACAGACACCCGGCUAGGAGGUGUCAGGCUAAAUUUGAACCCAGGCCUUCCUGACUCCAGGCCAGGCACUCUGGGCACUGUACCGUCUAGUUGGUAGACAGAGUUCAAAUCAUGAGUCUGACACAUCCUUUUGCCUCCACGGGCCUCAGUUUCCCCACCCAUAAAAUGAAGGGGUUGGCCUUGAGGAUCUCUGGCCCUUGCAGCUCUAGGUCUGUGAUUUGGUGGCUGCAUCCCAGUGUUGGGAUCCCCUGGUAUGAGUGCCGAGGACAGCAGAGGGCGAGAGUGGGGAGGUCUGGUCCUGGCUGCACUGGCUGGGAAGAAGGAAGCCUUGGCUUGGGCAAGGAGGGAAGGUGGGGAGGCCUCAGGGGGGAAGAAGAGAGAACUGGACAGGCUGAUGAACGAGAGGAGAGGCUGCCUCCCCUCCUCCUCCUCCCCCUCCUCAACUCUGCUCCCUCCAGGCUGGUGCUGGCCGAGAGCAUACCAGAGGGCAUGAGCUUUGGGCCAGCUGGCCCCCGGCUCCUCUCCACCCAUCGGGCCUGGCUCCAUCUGAUCCACAGAGCCCAGCGCCGGGUGGACAUUGCAGCCUAUAAUGUCACUUUGAGAUCCAGAGCCACCGGCAGGGAACAUCCUUCAGGCUGGCAGGGGCAGGAGAUCUUUGAUCAGCUGCUGUCCCUACCCAGCCGAGGCGUGCGGCUCCGCCUCGCCAUGAACAGCCCCCAGCCCUCCGAGAUGGACACGGAGGAGCUGGGCCAGCACGGAGUCCAGGUGACCCCGGUGGAAUUGGAGCAGCUGACCGGUGGCAUCGUCCACUCCAAAUUCUGGGUGGUGGAUGGCCGGGACCUCUACGUGGGCAGUGCUAAUGUGGACUGGCGGGCUCUUACCCAGAUCAAGGAGCUGGGGGCCAUCCUGUACAACUGUAGCCCUGUGGCCCAAGAUCUGCUCUCCAUCUUCAACAUGUACCAGGCCCUGGGGGGCCCCGGGGCUGUCCUGCCUUCCUCCUGGCCUCCCAAAUUCUCUGCCCUCUCCAGCCUUCAACAGCCCAUUCGCCUCCAACUUGAUGGCCAUUCUGCUGAUGUGUUCCUCUCGAGCUCCCCACCAGCCCUCUGUGCCACUGGCCGGACAUCAGACCUCCAAGCCAUCCUCAGCACCAUAAGCCAGGCCCAGGAGUUCAUCAUGGUCUCUGUAAUGGAUCUGAUGCCCCAAUGCAUGUUUUGCCAGCCCAAAAGGUUCUGGUCAGAGCUGGACUCUGCUCUUCGGACCGCAGCCUGUGACCGAAGACUUCUUAUCCAAUUACUCAUCAGCUGCUGGCGCCACUCAGAUCCAGACAUGUUCAUAUUCCUGGAGUCCCUGAACAUCCUAUCCCAGCCACCUUUGUCAUGCCCUCUACAUGUGAAAUUGUUUGUAGUGCCAGUAAGUGAAGAUCAAAGGCACAUCCCUUAUGCUCGAAUGAAUCAUAACAAGUUCAUGGUCACUGACAAGGCUGCCUACAUUGGCACUUCCAACUGGUCCCACGAUUACUUCCUGCGCACCACGGGGGUGGGGCUGGUGAUCCUCCGCCCGCAAGGAGCAGAGAUGCUCCCAGUGCAGCAGGAGCUCCGGGCUAUCUUUGAGCGAGACUGGAGCUCACUCUAUGCCCAGCCCCUCAGCCCCCGCCCUCCCUGUGCUGCCCGGGGCCGAGAGGGGGCGUAGUUCUGGCUCUGGCCUCCAGGACCAACUGCCCUGCACGCGCUUACCUUCUAAACCGGGUAAACAAUAAUCAAGGGGAGCCCGAUGUAAUGGGAGCCCUCGCGGAGGGCUAUGACUAGAGGCAGAGAAGGACGAGGGGCCCGGGGACUGGUCACAGUCCGAGCAUGGUUGCUGUGGCCAGUGCCAGCCCUCAGGGAGGAGUUUCCAGGGGAUACUGGGUUCCCUGCCCCCGGCGGUCAGCACAUCCAGGAGCCGGGAAGAAGCCUGGACAAAGGGAAUGGCCCAAGUGGUGGCGAGGGACAAUUUUCUUAAGUGGCCACCCCAGGCCGUCGUUUUGCUUAGCGGAGCACGUUUGCAAUAAAGGUCUUGUGUUCCU